UUUUCGAAGCGAAGCGCCACGCACGGGUCGCGCAGCCGUGCUGGCCGACACUGAACACUUCGCUUGCUCGCGAGGCCGAGGCCCCAGUGUGUUUUUACUCGGGGUUGAGUAAACUCCGACCUGUUGUGUAUCAUAAUACGCGUGCACGCGGGUUUACGGGUUAGCCUCGCAUCGACCACUGGAUGCACCCUUGUCUCGCACCACGCCGCGCCUGUCUUCCCCGAUCGACGAGACUAACUUGCACAGAGUAGAGAGAUAUUCCGAAGCGUCAACAAAACACCAUUUAAACGGGUAACGAGUAAACGAACCACCGUCUCCGCGUCUCCCGCCGACGGAAUUGAUAAUUCACCAACGAUCUAUCGAAUUGAUUGGUUACGAUGCCGUUCGACCGUAUCGAUUAUUAAGUGAGUGACUACCAUUCGCAUCGAUCGAUCGAUCGAUCGAUAUCGAGAAAUUUUUGCAAUCCCAUCUAGUGAAUAUUCCCUAUAAUCGCGGAUUCUGACUCGAUACUCGUCUGUGACAAAGUGUGUAAUUAAAUUAUUUCGAAGUGACUGAUCGAAAUCAGUGAGUGAAACUUGAUGAUCGAAAAUUGAUGAAAUUUAUUCUAGAAAAAUAUUAAAAAAAAUGUCAAUAACAACGUCGAAACUGUUCUAAAAAUAAUAUUUAUGCAUCGUUAACAGUGAUCCGGAAAAUUUUAUACAAAUUCACGUAACAGGUGGCGCGAUCGAUCGGAAUCUAGGUGAAUCUAGGUGAAUCUAAAAAAUGCAUACGCUAUUUAGCGAGCAAAAUGCAUAUUACAGGCAUGCAACGGCUGUUCCCGUUGGGAUGGGAACCCCAUCGUAUCCGGGAGUGGGAGCAGCUCCUGGAUAUUACGAACAAUAUCGAUACGGUGGGUACGCGACGGCGGCAGGUUACCCAGUCUCAGGUAUAACCCAGCAACAUAUUCAUCAUCCCGGUAAGGAUAUGGUAAAACCACCGUAUUCGUACAUAGCUCUGAUCGCAAUGGCGAUACAAAACGCGCCCGACAAGAAGAUCACCCUGAACGGUAUCUAUCAGUUUAUCAUGGAACGUUUCCCUUAUUACCGCGAGAACAAACAAGGAUGGCAAAAUUCCAUCAGGCACAAUCUCAGUUUGAACGAGUGUUUCGUCAAGGUGCCGAGGGACGACAAGAAACCCGGAAAGGGAAGCUAUUGGUCACUGGACCCGGACAGCUACAACAUGUUCGAUAACGGUUCUUAUCUCAGACGUCGUAGACGCUUCAAGAAGAAGGACGCUUUGAAGGAAAAGGAGGAGGCGUUGAAGAGGCAAGGUCUGGUGCCCGAGAAGCAACGUAAUCAGGAGGAAACGAAGCCGAGCAACAUAGUAAUACCGCCGCCGUCGGACACGUCGGGCACCAAGAAGUUGGGCACCCUGGAGACGACUUUGUGCAAGCCGAAGAGAGAGCCUGUGAACGAUACUGGAAGCCAUUGUAUGGCUGUGCAGGCGAAGUACGGGCUUCACAGCCCGAUUCAAGACACGAAAACGGCAGUGACGACGACGACGGCCGUCGCAGUGGCCGGGCAAAGUGUUAUCCAAACGGCUCUCGGUCACCAAGUGCAUCAAGCUCAUCAGGUCCACCAGGAUGCUGGUAUCCAGGAUGUGUCCAUGGGUUUAGAUCCGACCAGUUUCAGUGUCGACGCUUUAAUGACGUCGCGGGAGAACAGCGCCGCCCUAAUGACCAGAGAGAAUCAGCAUCACACGCAUCAUCCCCACGGUCUUCAACAUCCUCACCCUCACUCACACUCGAUCAUGACGAGCAGAGAGUCGAUGGGCGCGGGGGUGGUAUCCAGAGAUCACUUGCCGUCCGUUUGCACGACGACGACCACGACGACGGCCGCUGUCGCGGCAAUGAUGGCGACCACCGGAUACGGCCACACCAGCUCCGUGUCCAGGAGCAACGGUUCGCCGCCCGGAACCAUGUACGCGCCUUAUUGUACGCCCACAGCUGGUUACAUAAUGGAUCACGCGGAAUAUAAUUCGAGAAAUCACAACAAUACGGCGGGACACUCGCAGUGGUAUCAGGAGGCAGCCAGCCCUGACGCCGCCGCCAUUUAUCAGGAUACCCAAUCGCCAAGCUGUCAACUUUACAGAUCCAGCCCACCAACUCCGCUCUCGUCGAGUGCAGCUCCGUCUCCACCCUUGUACCACCGAUACUAUCAAGACUGUAACACCGUCAACACCAGCGGCAAUUUACCCAUCACGUUGCAUAAAUACUGAGAAUACCGAAAUUCAAGGCCUCAUCAUCGAGGCCUUGAAGAACAUCACACCGAUCACUACGACCCGAGCUUGGUUUACGUGAAGCAAGAGUGGAUCCCCUGCACGGAAGACCUCGCCAAAGAAUGGAAUUAGAUAAGUCUAACAAUCCAUGAUAAAAUGCGGGGCGAAAGUAAACGAUAAUUCGAAAAAAACUCGAUUCGCAAAAAAAAAAAAAAAAGGAAAGGAAAAAAAACUGUACGAACUACACGAUACGUAAUUGUAAAUAUUUUAUCUUUCACGUAACAAGAAUGAUCGUGAAUGUUACACGUAGCUCGUUGUAGAUGCGAAAAUGAAUAUUAAGGAGUAAUAGGAGGGAAAAUUAUUUAGAGAUUCUCGUCGAGGUAAAUAUAAUAUUUAUCUCGAAUCGUUCGAAUAAUUCAACGUAAAAGCGUUCGAUUUCUACUUCGAUUUUAGUGUUAGCCGAGUGAAAAUAGUUUGACGCAUUUUAUACUUUAUCGAAUCUUAUCCCGAUGCAUUCUAUAUCGAUCGAGAUAUCGAAAUAAGAAACGAAAGGUAUCGGCAGUGUGCGUCGUCGCAUGCCAACUCGAGUUACCGACUGAUACUUGACAUUUCAGAGAAAGAUUAUCGCGAUCAGUGAACACGUUUUAUGUUUUUCUAACGUAAAAAACCAAAUACACGUGUACUACUUUAGCCUAAGGCGUUCGCGCAUAACCUCGAACUGGUCGCUCCAGACCGCGAUAAUUUUUUUUUUUCUGUCAUUUCUUCCUACGACCCGCGAACGAACGAACGAACAUCUUUUUGUUUUUUUAAUCCAUAAACUUCUCUUAACCUCUUUCCUUCCGUUUCGCGUCAUGAAAGAUUUAAUAAUAACGAGGAGCUCUAUAAAUAAAUCGAUGAAAUUGGAAAACAUUAGAUCGAUCGAGACGCGUUGAUGCAUUCGGUUCUAGGUUUGUGAUCAAUUUUAUCGCAUACAGAGUCAUUCAUUAAUGAAUCGGAAGCUUGUAUGAUGCGAGACGUAUCCUAAAAACAGCUGUGAAUAUCAAUGAUGAUAGUCGUCACCUGAGCAAACAAAGGCAGGUCUCUUUCCUGAUCUACGGUAAUUUUGACCGGUUCGAAAUUUCUUUUUUCGCUAUGAUCGUAUUUGCAUGGAGAUACGCGCGAUCCUAUACACAGUGCAACUGUGCAAACUUGCAACGAAUUGAUCAGACGGAAAAAAAAAUAUUUUGGGAAUGCUUGUCCGAUUCGGUACCGUCACCGGUACGAAGUCGAAUCUCGCUGGAUGCUGAUACAUAUGAAAACGGAUUUCACGAAGUGAAAAAUAUUGAGCACAAAAUGAUGUUCGAUGCUACAAUAUUGAUAUGAUUUUCGAUAAUUUUCUUUUAUAACGUUUAAAAUCAAAUUCAUUAUUUGCUAUUUACAGUACAUUUGAAUAUCUGAACGAUUCAAUUAAUUUCGGAUUAAUUUACUUCGUGUUAUGAAAAAUUUUCGACAUUAAUUAAAUAUUAGCGUUUAAAAAUCAAAUAAUUAGCUUCGAUGAAGUGUAAUCGUCAGUUUGAUUUCUGUGUCAUUUAUCAAUCAAUUUUUAACUCUUAAUCUCGGAUUAAGAUGUUGGAUCGAGAGUUGAUUGCGUAUUAUUACAGUUGAUAUAAAUAAUUAUUGUACUAAUUAUCGUAAUAAUUAUUUACGAAAUUUAAUUAAGAGUUUAAACGUAAAGAAAAUCACAUCGAUAAUUCGUAGAAAUCGCAAUGAACAUUUUUGCGACAAAAAGGUUAGUACAAUUAGUGGAAGCGAUAUUGUAAAUUAUAUUGGUCAAAAUCAAGUAAUCAAAUAUGGAGAGAGAUAAUAAGAUAAAAAUUGUUUUUUUUUUUUGUAAAACAAGUCAAUUGUAUAUACAUUAUUUACAAAUAUAUAUAUAUAUAUAUAUGUGUAUAAUUUACAUUAUGCAUUCACAAGCUUUAAAAUGUAUUGAUUAAUAUUUCAGUUUAAAAUUUUAAUUUAUGUUAGUGUUUCUACUAAUUGUACAUUUGAAAUGAUAAAACUUUCCUAAUUAAAUGAACGGAACGGUGAUAAAAUUUGUUUGUAAAAAGUGAUAAAUGAUCGUUUCCUUGUGCGUGAGGGGUUGCGUGCGUCUCGACUUUUGUGCAUUUAUUUAUCGCGUAACGUCAUUCCUUGUAACCGAUGCGCGCGAUUCGGCUGCACGAGAUUGAUCGUUCAACGAAAGUUGAAAUAUAAUAUAUAUAUAUAUAUUUAUUGCAAAAACGGAUAAUGUGAAUAAUUAAAACGGAAUCGUAUCGUAGGUAGAUCUCUGCGUGUAUAUUAUUAAAAAAGAUUAUAUAUAUAAAUAUAUAUAUAUAUAUAGAUAUAUAUAAUAGAUUGUAUAGAUAAAACUAUAUAUGUAUAAAUAGACAGAUCUAUAUAUACAGAAACAUAUUGAUAUUACGAUUAGUAAUAAUAAUCGCAAAUUUAUUAACGUAGGAUGAGUCGAUGCGAAUACGAAACCUUACGAAAUAAACGUAAUGAAUCGAAACGAGAGCACAGUGUUGUUUCUUCGAGAUAUCUUUGCAUGAAUUUUCGAUUUAUUUCUUUCUUUUCCAAUUUUUUUCUUUUUUUUUUUUUUUUUCUUUUUUCCCUCCAUUCCACACAACCGACACUUGUAAAACUAUUAUUCGGUUCAACAUUUUAAAUGUUUAUUGAUAUUACGGGAAGAGAAGAGUUUCGAAAAAAAAUAUUUCGUUACAAUUUUCUUUCUUUUUACUUUGUUCUCGUUCUUUUUUUUUUUUUUUUUUUGAACAACAAAACCGGCUACUUACAAAAGUGUACUCGUACAGGUAUGAACACAAACGGUAUAAACACCUGCGAAAACAACACGACCGUUUAAUUACCCGCGGCAUCGAUCAAAAUUAAUUCCGUUAUCGCGUGCAACGUGGAAAAAAUUUCCUCUCUUGAAAAAAAUACAUUUUAUUCCGCCCGUAAUGGCGCGACAGGUUGGAAACGCAAAAUAUAAAAGAGGAGAAAGAAAGUAAAAAAAAAAAAAAAAAAGAGAAAAAAAAAGAAAACAAACAAUCAUUUGAAUCGGAUUAAUAAAAAGAACGAUUUUACGGCGUAAAAAAAACGGACGGGAUAUAAAAGCAGCGCAUCGUCGAGAUCGCGAUAACAAUAAUACAAAAGUGAACCCGUUUAAAAGCUUCAAGAAAUUUUUAAACAGACUAGACGCUUCGAUUCUUGGUUCAUGAGCUGCAUUCGACCAGCACUUUGUUACAUCUCUUCGAACAGAGAUCGAUCCUGAUUAUAUUUCUAGUCGCGAUCUGCGAAACGUUAUUUCUCCGCGAACCGUAUCGACGUGGGCGAUAAUGGAAAGGUAAGAAUAUCUUGCAACAUUCGCUCGGCUCUGUUCAUUCCGGAUAUUUGAACGAUCGAACGACAUCGGAAACUGCGUAAUUUCAAUGGAAUUUUUGCAAUACUGAAUGUACCGAUAUUAAAGCGUAUGAUUCAGAAGAAAUUUUUCAAAGAGGAUAUCAAAUUUUAAUUUUGUUGAUAUUAGUAUGUAACAAUUAUUACAUAAUCAUUAAUCUACACGAUUAUAUAAAAUAUUAAAAUAUAAAGAAGUCAUAUUCGAUUAUUAAAGACAUUGAAAAUCAUUCGUCUCUAUCGAAUUAUAAUCGAAGUAUAAUAUCUUUUGAAGAAGAUCAAACUUAAUAUUCCUCUUGAUAUCGAUAUAUUAUGACAAUUAUCAAUAAACAAUUAUUUCUUUGCUAAAAUAACACGAGAUUAUAUUUAAAAUAUACUCGAAAGAUUUAUUUAUAAUUAAUAUUCCUUGUUAAAAUAUGAGAGAAAAUUUCAUGACCAACAAAACAACAUUAUGAUUUUGUAACGAGUAAAGUUUCGUUCAGUUGUUCGAUGGUUCUCGCUCGAGGCAGUAUUUAACUGCAUCUGCCGAAACACGUGCUCCGGAUAAAGCCAGGCUUUAGAACGUCCUGUACCGCCAAUCCGUUACUUCGCCGAAAGAUAGAAUAUAUACCUAUCGACCAGUUAGCAGAAUCCCUUCGAGCACGCGUCAGUCUAUUCCGUUCUAGUCGCCUUAGGGUCUGCGGUUUAUGGAAAAUCCAGGAUCAAGAAUCUCCUGGAAGGUGUCUUGUUCCAAUAUGCCCAUUGCGUGCACAUUUUCUUUGAUUAGAAAUGUCUAUCUAAUUUGAAAACGAGAAAAUUCAAAUCCGUAUGAAAAUAAUAUGUAUCUUUUAAUUAAAAUUGUUUAAAAAAUUGUAUAUGAUAAUGCAAUGUCAAUUAAAUUAACACGAGAAAC